CUUUGUUGUCGUCGGCAAUUUCAAGGACUUAGGCCUGACGUCUCCGCGUCAGACACCCUAUCUCGCGCAUUGAAUAAUAAGCUCUUUCUUGAUUAGACUACCUAGCAAUAAAGACUCUUUGAGCGAGUCAGAAUCUCUGGCGCGAUGAGGUAGUCCUACCUAGGAGCGGCGCGAUUACAAUGUCAACAGACUCGGAUGGGACGGAGUUGCGGAGUCCUUCUGAGAAAGUAGUCAUUAACUGAGGAGGUAAUACAUACGAGAACACGCGUGGCACUGACUAUCUUUUCACAUAGAGUCGCCUCACGCCAGGUUUUCUCUAGUAGCCAUAAUUGAUGCUGGGACGCAUAGAGUCAAUCAAUAGCAACCUACACACGCAAGCACCUGUGUAGUGUGUAUGAAUCCACGACGGUACAGCCGAGGCUCGCUCCUAUGUAUAAAUCUGUCUGCUAGUAUGUAAUAAAAGGCUGUAGGGCCCUGCUCUCCACAAAGUCCCAGCUUUCUUUCCAGAAGUGCAUACUUAUUAUCUAGGACGUGUGUAUGUGGCAUGUUCCUAUAUUUACAAGCCCUCUUUCUUCCUACAACAAACAUCCUGAGCAAAGUGCCUGUUAAUUUCCAUUACUCAAAUUGAUUCAUAGUAUCAGAUAGACAUCCUAUUAGUUACUGUUAGUGCUGGUUUUGUCCUUGAUUGUGUAUGAUACAAAAAUCCACCUGCUCAGUGGAGAGCGCUCUCAUCUACUUUUUAGAUACAUACUAAUUGGGGUGUCCUUCGCUCUAGGUAGAAGGAACUAAAAUCGCAAGUGGUGGAAGACUAAUAAGUAUCUAUGUAAGACGUCAACGUCUAUCGAACUAUGUUUCACGAAUGUGAUGAAUGGAUGCUGAUGGGGAAUCGGGCCGGGUUGGUCCACCUAGCUAAAAUUGGCAGAGUAUGGAAGUCAGGGUGGUCCUCCAUGGGUUCUUGCACAACGGAUCUUGAUUGGUAGAAUGAAUGACUGAAGGAACUGUUUAUUAUAUUCCAUCCUGAUAGUUCUGCUUUCUGAAUCUAUCGGUUUAAACAAGCAAUGUGCCUUGAUUGAAUAAGCAGCCUAAUUGACUACUCCACAGCGAGCCGGCGCGUUGUCGGACUCUUUUGCACACCAAUGGCAUGAGUACAUACUAGCGCGUAUGUGUCUACAAGACGCAACUAGCAUGCGUAGCGCUCAUAGUUUGUAUGUAAUGUUAGAGACUUCUGACUGUGGUUGGCUGUGAUUUCUUUGAGUAGCAAUCCUCGGAUCUGCCUGUCACCUUCACAUAUAAGUAGAGGCUUUUGCUCCCUUACAUUGUUUGAUACACUUUCAGAGCACAAAGCAGGCCAGUGUAACUAACAGGGAGGCGGAUGCCAAGUUAUUUAUGUAGUGCAAGCAAAGUUAGUUAUAUAUGUAAUGAAUAUAUGAGGAGGGUGAGUCACUACUACGGACUCGCAGGCUCGAUCCUUUGCUUUAGCUGAACUGGUUCCUUCAUGAUUUCGCAGCAGAGAAAACCUAUAUGCAAGAACGGGGUCUGGGACUCGGACAAUGAAUCAACCUUGUCUGUGGCAACAGGAUGCACUAGGUGCCGAUCGCAGGUUCUGUUUAUGAUACAAAAAUGCAAG